UGGUCAGAAGAGGUGGAGUUGCUGAGGGAAGAGAUGUGCAGAGUGCUGCAAUUUUUUGCCUGGCAGAGAGCAUGGUGGGAAGAACAGGGAAAGGAGUGUAUUGGGGAGUGUGCCGCUGACAUUGAAGGUUUGCAAGCAUAUGCUGCCUGA